AUGAUUCGCUACACUUGCUCACUCAACACUCCCGAAUCCCAUCUCAUAAUCUACCUAGCUCUCAAUUUGCUUCUCACACUCUUAAACAAAAGUGUUCUCUGUCAAUAUCCAUACCCAUGGCUUCUCACAGCCUGGCACGCACUAUGUUCCUCAAUGGGCACAUAUGUUUCUCAACGACUCGAUUCUCAAAAUUUUGAAUAUCGAAGUCAAAGAAAGAAUUACUAUAUACUCUUAUUUUCGAUCUUAUACACGAUCAAUAUUGCGGUCAGCAAUGUAUCACUUGGAAUAAUGACUAUCCCGGAUCACCUAGUAAUCCGCUCCAGCAUCCCGAUUUUCGUCCUCUUCCUCUCCCUCUUCUUCAAAGCACACACAAAACCCUACUCCCCUCUCACCAUGAUCUCCCUCCUCCCCCUCACCCUCGGCGUCCUCCUCGUCUCCCACGACUCCCUCACCCUCACCCUCGACACCACGAUCCUCUGUCUCCUCGGCGCCCUUUUGUCCGCCUGCAAAACCUUCUCCACCCACUCCCUGCAAACCCACCUCUCCAUUCCUGCUCUAACAAUCAUCCACCACGUCGCCCCUCUCGCCGGCAUCCAAGCCACCAUCUGGUCCUACAUGAACGGCGAAAUCGACGAAUUCCUCGUAAAACAUAUAUCAUCCACUUCUUCUCCCCUCUCAACCUCCUCUUCCGGUAUCCUUCUCAUCCUCACAAACGGCCUCGUAGCAUUCCUCUUAAACUGGUCGAGUUUCACCACGAAUAAGAAAGCAGGCGCGCUUACGAUGGCUGUGUUGGGGAAUAUUAAACAAGUCAUCUCGAUUGCGAUUUCGAUUGUCAUUUUCAGAGAUGCAAAUGCAUCGUCCGCAGGAUGCGCUCAUAUGGUCGGGAUUCUAUUGGCGCUGGGAGGUGGGUUUCUGUACAGCUUGGUGGAAGUUGGGACUUUUGGGAGUUCGAAGAAUGUCACACUUGGGUAUUCAAACGAUGAUCUCUCUAGGAACGUGGAGAAAGACAUGGGAAGUCGGAAGACAGUAGCUAUGUUACAUGAGCUGAAACCCCGUCACUUUUAG